AUGACGACAACAACCAUACGGAUCCGGACUCUUCACCUGGACGAUGUCCCUGCAGGCGAACCAUGGAUCUAUACUUUGCUUCUCCCACGGCUGGGCCAUUCAAUCACCACUAUCCGGAUAACAAGAGCCCUAUGGACAUCCCAUCAGGGCAACAACCUCAAUACCCAUCCUCUCGGGAUCAUGCUGCUCCAAUGUCCACAUCUCCGAUACUUUUACAUCUCGUCGACAGAAGAACCCUCCAGUAUCGGUCACAAUACCACCCCUCCAAACCCAGAACUCUCUCGCGACCCAACAGCGGAACUAGGCACCCUGAAACUGCAAGAGUUUGAGAUCGCCAACAUGUAUAUUCAGCAAACCGUCAUGGAGGCCGUCAUUGCUCGCUCGCCUAAUCUGAAGGUCUUACGGUUAGUUGGGAUCUAUGGUCCAGAUAAUUCUUCUGCGCAUGUCGGCCUGUUGUCUCUGCGAGCUCGGAUUGUGCAGCUGAUUGGCGAGGUGUGUCCAGCCUUGCAGAUCUUUCAUUAUUCUAUCCGGUGGCACCGCCUUGCGAAGAGCGACUGGGCAGGAUUCACAUCUUUGACUCGGAGCAAAGGACAGUUCUUGGGAACCUUUCAUCCAAUCCACCUCUCGUCACCUGAUGAAGUCGUCAAGCAACUGGAAGUCAAGGACCUUGGCGACCACGCGGGAUUACGAGAUGGAUCUACAGUGCGCACGUUAAGCCUUUUCAGCACCGACGUCCACCGCUCCAUUGCGCCAUUAAUCCAACCGAUCGUCAACAUGGUCACGAUUCUGGAGAUCCACCCCACCGCACGACCACCAUAUUCUGCGGACGUAUCGCUCUAUUUCAGCCACAUCUUGCAUGGAUUUUUGUGCAGCUCACCCCUGUUACUCCAUCUCAAGGUGCCUCUCGUCCGUUUUCAUUCGGCGUUUCUGGAUCUUCGCGGAGAAGCGAACUCGGACGGGAACUACCAGGUACUGCCGUCACUGCCCUACUACCCUCCUAUGCUACGAUGGACAAGCAAGCAGAUCUGGGCCUGUCGUCGACUCGUUACACUGCAGCUAUAUACCUUUGGGGAAGACAAACAGGAUGCGGAAGAGGAUGCCAGGAUACUGUUUGGAUACAUUUCUAGGAUUUGCCCCCUCCUCAGGGAAGUAGCCAUCCAACAACAACAUCUCUGUGUGCGAAUGGAGGGCGGAUUAUGUCUGUUGAGCAGACUGCAUCACCUCGAACGACUCAGCGUCAUCUCGUCAGGAAACAACUCUGGAUUCAGCAAACACGAUCUGAUAUGGAUGAAAAAGUCGCCGCCGCCGAAUUGGGAUCUGCCGCGGUUUCGGGAGCCAAAAGCGGCGCACAAGGAUUAUCGUCGUCAACUCGGUCAAUUUGUACAACGAUCACUCACCACGUUCGCCAAGGCUGAUCCUUCGAGGGUUCAGGAGAUGCAUCGACUGUAUGUCAAGGCCAAAGACCCCGACCAACAGCUGACUGUGGAGGACAUGGACGGUGUCGGCAGUGUCGAAGAUCUGGAAGCAUGGCGACAAUUCCGUCACGGCUACCAGUUAGUACACGGAGCAGCUCAGACCAACAGACACGAGAACGAGAACGACACUGCACCAAUAGGGAAGUUAGACCUCCCGUACUGCUGGCCGUCGCUUAAGUAUUUUGCGUUUUACAGGUACCAAGUUCCGAUACCCAAGCGACGAUACGACCGAUACCACCAGCCGCGCCAGGACGAUUUGGAUGCGCUUGAUCAAGCACUAUGGGACGAGAUCAAGGAUAUUCGCCCUGGUGUCGAAAUCAAGUGUAACCGGUCGCUCUAUUACAAUGCCAUUUAUUAUGUUGGCCCUCAUGGUAACCCUACACAUCUUGCUUCCUACGGCAAACCAUACGUAGACUUUUAA